AUGAAUUAUCAAAAUUACAUCGACUCCCCCGGUGGACCUGGCUCUAACCCCCGUCAAGCUCCUCCAUCUCCAUCCCAAGGAAUGAAUCAUCCGAACGGCAUGAAUGGUGGCAUGGGCAUGGGCGGCAUGGCCGGUUAUCCAACUCCAGCUGGCCAACAAUCUGACCUCAACUUUAUCAUGUCCAUGGUCGAAGACCUUUCCGCUGUCCUCCGUCAAAACCAACAGCUCUCCGCCAGUGUUGUCGAGAAGGUUGGUAGGGUCCGUGAGAAGGCCGCUACGAUGGAUCUGAGCAACGAUCAGUUGGUAGCUGCUGUCGCCUCUGAGCUGAAUGCUGAUACGAAGAAUGUUGAGAAGGAGAACUCGGAGUUACGCAAGGCCCUCGAGAAGGCGGAGUAUGACAAGAAGGAGAACUGGAAGUUGGCUUGCCAUGGUGCCAACAUCCUCGCCGAUGUCACCGAAAAGAUGCACAAGUUCCGUGAACAAACCGACGCCGAUAUCCUCACUUGGCACAAGAACUACCGCCAACAAUUGGCCGCUGAGCGUGAGGAAAACUUGGAUCUGCGCAACCAAAUCAACGAUAUGAGGGCUGCUGCUUGUCGUGCUAACGGACACCUUCGUGAUAUGCGUCGUUUCGUCGCCGAUCAUGACGUCUGGCAUGAGCUUCGCGUUGAGAACAUCGCCCUCCGUCAGGAGAAGCGUUUCUGGAAGCGCAUGGCAAUGCCGCACCUUCCUGAUGAUGAUUCUGAGUUCAGUGAUGACGACGAUCUCAUCGACCCCGAGGAGAAGAAGCGCCAAGCUGCUCUUGCAGCAGAGAAGGAGCGCAAGGACAAGGAAGACGCUGAGGGUGGUGGUGAAGGCACCUCUGCCUAA